CGGGCUGGACGACCUCUGCAGCCGACUUUAUGUCUCCGCCUCCGCCUUUCAACAACAACAACAACACAGGAGCGAUCUCAGCUUGCCGGCCUCUCUGGUCCCCCGCAUUCCCAUCCACGUCCAGCCGAGAUUCCCAAUCUCCGAAAAAAAAACCCGAACUCCAUUACCUGAACUCAACACGAACUUCAUCAAGAAACGCCAAUAUGUCCACCUCCACUUUACGGGUGGAAAAGUAGUUCCACUGAAGUCCAACAGGCGGGAGUUAGCUUUGCCGAGGAAGUUUUUUCCACCCCCAAUUUUUGGAAGCCGGGGACGCACAGGCCUGGAGGAAAGGACAGUUAUAUGAUGUGGAUUUGGUACAUUCUACUCGGCUCAAGAACUGUUGAGAGCCAGCUGCUCCCAGGGAAUAACUUCACCACAGAGUGCAACAUCCCUGGAAACUUCAUGUGCGGAGAUGGAAAGUGUGUCCCAGGAGGGUGGCAGUGUGACGGAUUGCCUGAUUGCUUUGACAAGAGUGACGAAAAAGGCUGCCCUAAAGUCAAAUCAAAGUGUGCCCCGACAUUCUUUGCCUGUGAAAAUGGGGUCCACUGCAUCAUUGGACGCUUCCGUUGUAACGGCUUCAGUGACUGUCCUGAUGGGAGUGAUGAAGAUAACUGCACAGGCAACCCCUUAGUGUGCUCUGAGAUGCGCUUCAAGUGUCGAAAUGGCCGCUGUGUAGACCGAAGCUUCUUGUGUAACGGUCAGGACAACUGCCAGGAUAACAGCGACGAGGAGCUGUGCCUAAGUACUGCAGAAGCUCCUGGUCAGGACUUUGUGACACUGGACUACCGUCUGCGGUACUACCCCAGCAUCACCUACGCCGUCAUUGGCAGUGCCGUCAUCUUCGUGUUGGUUGUAGCAUUGUUGGCCUUGGUGCUUCAUCACCAGAGGAAGAGGAGCGUUCUGCUGCCCGCUGGUGUAAGAGGAUCCAUGCACCACCACCACCAUCAACCGUUACUCUUAUCCCGUUUGGUCAUCUUGGAUCGAGGCCACAUGGAUCGAGGUCUUUCUCCUGGUUCCCUUUCCGCAGCUGAGGAGUACAGCUCAGCUCCUCAAACAAUGCAACUCCUUUCCGAAACCGUGUGUCCUGCUGGGAUGUCUGUGGAAAGUCCUCCAUCGUAUUCACAGGCUGUUCUGGAUGUCAGUCGGCCUCCCUGGUUUGAUCUUCCUCCUCCUCCAUACCGCCCAGAUCGGGAAGCAGCUUCAGAGGGCGAUUUGCCUCAUUACGAAAGCCCCCCUCCAUCCCCCGCACUCAGAACUAUGUCCUUGAACGCUCAGUCCAGUUCCGAUGCGAGACAGGUGUCGGAUCCGCUCUAGCCUCUUUGUGGUAGCCAGUUUAAUGACUGCAGGAUUGCACAAAGCAGCACAUUCCACAGUUGCAGACCUGCUGUGAGGACACAAGACUGAACAACUGGUAUUUUGGCUCCCUCUGCUGGACGUUUUGAAGAGUUGCAUUUGCUUUAUUUGUGAAUGAGUCAUCUGGUCCCCUCCUGAACAAAUGCUACCUAUUAUCUACUCAAGCAGUGACCACACCCUUUUGAUUGUCAUUUAAACAGGAACUUUCCCUAGGAAUCGAACUUAAUUUAUCUUUACAGCCCACAACUUUAGGAACUGUUGCUGAUGAUACUGCGUCAUCAGUACGUAAAUAAACAUGCAAAGUACCAUACCAGUAAAAGACCAUUUACUAAGCCGAUUUUGGUUUUAAAUAUUUCCGUGGUGCCUUCAAAUGCAGCUCCGGAAGGGACAUGUACUGUAGCUACCUGGCAGCAGAAUGUGCACAAUGUGUGUCAGUAACACACUUUGUGUAAGUCACAUUUGUAAUAUAUUCCAUAAUGGGAUUUUAUUUUUUACUAUGUAUAAGCUAUAAGAUACUCAAAUAGCAUUUUAGCAUUUCUGAAUUGUUGCCUUAUUUGCUGAAGUUUAUACAUUUUAACAGAAAUCCCAAGCUUACUGUGGUAAGAAUGUAUUAGAUGGUACGUGGCGGCAAUUUUAGUGGUACUUUAAAUUUAUACUUUCAGUUGUUAUUGUUGUGUGUGUGUGUGUGUGUGUGUGUGUGUGUGUGUGUGUGUGUGUGUGUGUGCAUAAUGUAUUUCAUAUACAAAAUAUGAAGUGGACCAUCUCAAUGUACAGUUAGUUAGCUAGGUUGAGUAAUGUUUAUUCUUAUUAACUAGCCUAGUUUAGCCACAAUCUUACAUUCUUAUCAUUUCCUGCUAACUGGAAGUUAGUUGUAUGUUUAAUAUUUAACAUACAGGAUGGAUUAUUAUGAAAACAUUUAUAUGCAAUCAUGGAAAAUACACACAGAUGAUUCACAGGGUCUGAUGCAGCAAAUUUUUUGUCCAAUAUUUAAUAUCUAAGUUGUUUUACGUUUGUGGCUUUUGUGGUCGUGCAAGUGGGGACCAUCUUUAGAGUCUGGACAAGGUCCCUAAGGGUGCAUGGGAGUUUGCCAAAUCAGUGUACAUGUGUUUUUUGGACUUGGAGAAAGCAUUUGGUGAUGUAUUUCAAGGAAUCCUGCUUCGGCUACUUUACUCUAGAACUGAUGGAUGGAUGGAUGGAUGGUUUUAGUUUUGUCAUCUUGUCUAAGUGAUCAUUUAGACUGAUGUAGCAAAACAAAGUAUUUUUCUGUAGCUGUAAAUGUGUGUAUUAUGUAUUAAAUAUGUAUUUUUGCAAGAUUGUCAGUUGACAAUGUUCCAGUGAAAACAAUAAUUGAAGGAUCUUUGUUUUUAUGUAUGGAUGUUUUUUUUUUCUUUGUUGUCUUUUGUUUGCUUCAGCCCUGUGAUUUAAAACAUCCCAUUUAGUUUAUUGGUAUUAAAAAACAAAAAGGUAAUGAAUAUAAAUAUUUUUCCCCAACAAAAAAGUAUGUGACAUACGUAACUAUGGGUACUUUUGUUAAAAAACACAAAUUCAAAAGACUCUAUUUACCUAAAACUGGAAGCAUUUCUCAGGACAGUAUUUCAUGCUUAUAUUAUGUCAUGUUUUUACAGGACGGCAAUAAAAUUCCAUAUUUCAGCACUUCAGUUCUGUUUUUAAUCCAUAUUUUUAAAUGUAUUUAUAGCAACAAGGAACAUAAUUUAUACUAUAAGCAUGUACAACACGCUGCCACUUAAAGAAACCGAGUUAUAAAACUCGAUUUGAAGUUAUUAAAUUACAGUACUAUACUUAGAUUGGGCCUUGCAGUUCUACUGUUCCACCAACAGAGGUCGGUAUUGUAAAGGUAAUGGACAAAGCUUUUAGUGUAGUUUCUGAAGCAAUUUCAUCCACUUUGCCAUGUAUGAGGUGUAUGUUUACAAUAUGACUAGCAAUGUAAACACUAUUACUGUUAACUUAAAUUAAUAUAUCAGCAUUAUAUUGACUUCAUCAUGGCAACUAUGAAUCUAAACUCAAUGCAAUCAUGGAUCCCCGACAUCUCCCCUCCCAAGUAUGGUCGUAAUGCCCCCAAAACCCUACCUCUGUCUCACAUAAUAAUAAAUUAUAUAUAAAGAUAAUAGAUAAUAUAUAAUGUUUUUUUUUCCAGAACCGACUGUGAUAAGUGAAUUUCAGUAUUAAUAAUGGAAUAUUUUCAUAGUUAUGGCAUAAAAAAAACCUGUUUACGAUUUUCUACAUACAUAUUUAACAUUAUUAUAGCUCCCUAGACAUGCAAUAACACCCAUGAACUCACCUUUACAUUUGUAUUACCCAAAUAAAACUCCUGCCCUUGUGUGUCACAGUAAAUGUGCUCCCCUGGGGACCUCCAUGGUGGGCGGACAGAGAGGAACAUUGUAGGACCAGAGUUGAUUUUUAAGCUUGUUGAGAGUUAUUAUUGAGUUAUUAUGACUGUGCCUGUUUACACCUGCAAUAAAUGCCUGAUCAGCUGAUCAUGCCUGGUGCCUGUCUCACUAAACAAUUACUGACACCCAGUGGUCAAUAUGGAGUAAUACAUUCAUGAUUAGAAUGCUUAUUUGUAUUUGAGUUCAUUUAGAUGUUUCAUUUAGCCUUUUCUAUGCAUAAAAAUGCUCCAUUGAGGCCAAUAAUAAGUACAAUUUGCUAAAUAUGCAGUAGUGUAGUAUUUUUUUUUCAAUCAUUCAAUCACGAAAUAGCAGUCAUUUAUUAAUGUAUACAUUUUUGAAAAAGAUGCAAUAGAUUGAUAGCGUGAUGUAACAAGGGAACAACUAUCCUGGCUUUUUUUUUAACUCAUCUAAAAUUCUGAUGCAGGAAGCCCAUAUUUGCUUAGCCACAGCCCAUAACUACACAGGUUUUAAUUAAAAGCCCGGAGGCCACUUGGCCCACGUCUGUCUCUCCAAGUCACUUUGCACGGCACCUAUUAGUUUUCUGGGAAUGUCACUAUGGAGCAAAUAAUUCGGGUCCUUUCAGUUAUGUCUCACAAGACCCGAUCGCACACAGAGCAGCAAGUAUUCCAAUAAAAUGAGUGUGUAGUACUUUGUUUGGUUCUGCGUAAUGACACAACAUGGCAACAUUUCACUCAUUUGGGUGUCCUUUCUUGCUUAUCACUAAGAUAGCGAGAGAAAACUGACGAGUCUGAGGUUAAGGUGAUGCCACAAGUGAUGUGUUUACAUAUUGGUAAUGGUAAUGGUUUUAUUUCAUUUGAACAUGCAUCAGAUUACAAUUGAAUGCAUCACAUAAUCAGUUCCCAGUUCCACAUGUCCAAAAGGAGUAGGAAGAAGCAAAGCUUAUUAAAUCCUACCCCUCCAUCUGGUACUUUUACAAUCAGAAACUGUUACAUUUGUUCAC